UAUUUAGUGUAUCGGCUCAUGUUUGGAAGCGGAUCUCUUUAUUGCAUCACUUUAAUUUGUUAUUUGCUGUGAGGUGUGUGUAUUCAGAGUGAAAUGUUGGAUCACUAAACAUUUAAAGGACAGUUCUGGCAGAGAUCACAGAAAGUCUCUAGUGAAGACUAGUUUGACAGAGAACAUCGAUGAAACUUAAACAAAAGUUAAAAUCACAACAGUCUCAUUAUAUAAGUCUCUGCCAUGUGUCAGCUGCACCUCGUCCAGCUCGCUGAGGAGCAACUAAGAGAAGGCAAAACUGUUUGUUGCUCUUAAAGCCGCAAAGACAGAUGCAGAUAACUGAUGAGCGUACAAAUGAAUAUCUGUUUAUGUAACAGAAGUGACACACCACACAUAGAGAGACAGAUAAGACUCUGCUGUAAUUUAUAGUUAACCUACAAACAUAUGGAACCUGAGUCACGCUUGUUUGUUAAACUCCGCAAAGCCCUGCUCACCAUCCAUCUCCCUUCAGCGUUUCAAAAGCAACACUGACGUCUGUUAAACAUCUGUAAAACAUUUGUUCGCUCUCAGAUUAGAUUUCCUCAUUCAACUCUGUGCCACCACCCCGGGCGUGUAAAACACAACAGCCUGUUUCUGGCCAACACUCAGAGCUGUGAGGAGCCUUUUUGUGCUGCUGCAACAAAAACAGUUUCUUUACGGAGGAUUUAAACCUUUUUUCCAAGUAUUAUGGAUGCUCCAGGGCUUCGGUUGAUGUUCUGCCUUCUCCUGCUGACACACUGCACGUUGCAGCAGACCCCAUCAAAGAAACGGGAUGGAAAGAAAGACUCUGCAAACAGUGCUGCAAUUGAGGAGCUGAAGAAACAGAUUGCUGACAUUGUUCAAGAGCUGAAUCUGCUGAAAGAGCAGCAAGCUUUACAGACAGUCUGUCUGCGAGGCACCAAGAUCCUCGGCAAGUGUUUCCUGGCUGACCCGGUGAAGAAGACCUUCCACGCAGCCAGCGAAGACUGCUUCGCCAAGGGAGGCAGUCUGAGCACUCCUCUGACAGGAGACGAGAACGACCAGCUCUACAGCUACGUACGUCAGAGCAUCGGCCCGGAGGAGCAGAUUUGGUUGGGCAUCAAUGACAUGGUGACCGACGGCCAGUGGCUGGACCAAUCAGGCUCCAGCGUGCGCUUCAAGAACUGGGAGACGGAGAUCACCCUGCAGCCAGACGGAGGCCGCAGCCAGAACUGUGGCAUCCUCUCCACCACAGCCAACGGAAAGUGGUUCGAUGAGAGUUGCCGAGCUGAAAAGGCUUCCGUGUGCGAGUUCAACAUCGUCUGAGGGCUGGUUUCUGACAUUCACAUCACUCUGUGCAGAUAAACUCAUGUGAACAUUCAAUAUUCCUUGCAGAGAAGAAUGAAUCAUGUAGAGUAUCAGGUGAAAUGAAUGCAAUGCAUUGAAAAAUAACAUGCUGCAUUUUUUCUUAAGCUCUUGCAUGGAUGGAUUUUGCAUACAUUCAAUAAACUCCUUCUCUUAAAUACUCCAGCAUCUUAUAGCACAUUUAGAUAUUCAUCAAGGUAAA